AUAAGUCAACGUCAACUUCCUGUGAUGUAAACGAUAACGAUGGCUCCUGUAUUUACUACCGUCAAACAACUUCUGGAGGAGAAUUCGGAGCAACAGUUCCUGGACGCGGCCAGAAUAUUGAUUAAGUUUGCAGACAAUGUUAUCAACAAUCCAAACGAACCGAAAUAUCGCAAAAUACGGCUUGGAAAUCCGACUGUCGAGUCCAAACUGCUACCGGUAGCCGGCGCUCUGGAGUGCUUGUUUGAGAUGGGAUUUGUUGAAGAUGAAGAAUUCCUUACUCUUCCUGGAAACACAUCUUUGGCAACUAUGAGACAAAUUCAUUCCGAGUUGAAUAAAUAUGUCCAAUCAAUGGAGAAAGUAAAUGGGCCAUCAUCGUCACAGCCUGCAGCUUCACCUCUAACAUCAGUCACCACCAGGGCACCACCUAAUCCACCGCAGAACACUCCAACAUCAGCCACCACCAGGGCACCACCUAAUCCACUGCAGAACACUCCAACAUCAGCCACCACCAGGGCACCACCUAAUCCACUGCAGAACAAGUCUCGGCAACAAAUCACUGAAAUGGAAAGAAAAUUCUUUGCCAAAAUAGAGAACAACCUUAUACAUGUCGUGAUAUAUGAAGACCCUAGACUUCAACAGAAAGCACGGUCCAUAAUCCCAGUGGAGAACUUGAAAACAGAAGCUCAUGUUAAAUUAGAAACCAUAAAGAAAACCGACAGUUCAGCAAUGACAAGUAUAGACUUCCGAGACCUUAUGCUUUUGGAAUUACUCGCUUGGUUCAAGAAUUCUUUCUUCCAUUGGGUUGAUGCACCUAAAUGUGAUAGCUGUGGUGGGGAGACACAGAAUGUCGGGAUGGCAGAACCCACCACAGAUGAAAUCCGUUGGCAGGCCAACAGGGUAGAGCAUUAUAAGUGCAACCGAUGCCAGAGGUUUGUGAGAUUUCCUCGAUACAACCAUCCGGAGAAACUCCUGGAGACUCGCUGUGGACGAUGUGGAGAAUGGGCCAAUUGUUUCACUCUCUGUUGUCGGUCAGUUGGAUUUGAAGCCAGGUAUGUUCUGGAUUGGACUGACCAUGUCUGGACAGAGGUAUACUCCGAGGUUCAGAAAAGAUGGCUGCAUUGUGAUCCGUGUGAGAAUGUCUGUGAUAAGCCCCUUCUCUAUGAAGCAGGAUGGGGCAAAAAACUGACCUAUGUUUUAGCAUUUUCCAAGGAUGAAGUUCAGGAUGUGUCCUGGAGGUACUCAGCUAAGCAUACGGAGAUGCUCAGUAGAAGAAACGAAUGUCGGGAGUCGUGGUUGAUACAGGUCAUCCACAGAUUAUGGAAAGCGAGGGAACCACAGAAUUCCACUCAGAGAAACGAGGAAAUGAAGAACAGGCUGCUGACUGAGCUGGUGGAGUUUAUGUCUCCUAAAUCCGGUGAUGGACAAAAUCUGACAGGAAGGAGCAGUGGAUCGUUAGCUUGGCGACUGGCACGAGGUGAAACAGGGCCCCCAACAUCAUUAAACACUGAGCCCUAUAUAUUUAAACUCAGUGAAGUAGAAAGGAAAUCCAAGGUAUUCCACGUAAAAUACAACUGUGCGAGGGACGAGUAUAUCCGAAUUUCCAAGAAUGGGGAGGUGACAAAAUCGUUUUCAGCAUGUGUAAACAAACAACAGAACGUGUUUAGGAAGGAGGAGAGUGAUUGGAAGAUGGUUUAUCUGGCCAGAUCGGAAGGAUCGACCACCGCCUCUCUUUCCUGGAAAUUCGAUUUUACUGGAAUGGAAAUAGACAAUGUUGAGAUAUGCACGUCCAGUCAAACGUUUGAGAAUGGGGUGAUAUCCUGGCGACUUUGCAGUGAAAACCAGUGUGCCAUAUUAACAGAUGCUGCUGAAGUGAAGUCCUAUAGAGAGCUGUGCGGUGCUGAAGAAAUGACCUUGACAGUCAUGAUGAGUGGAGGGAAAGGAGAUGUUGCUUGGCAACACACGCAGUUGUUUCGUCAGAAGAUGGACAACAUGGAAUUUUACCCUCUGGACAUAAAAGUCUACUUUAAAUAGUUAGAGUCAUUGAAUAAUUAUCACCUCUCAAUGGAGUUGCUGGGGAUGUAAUAACUUACAAGUGUGUGUGCGUCUAUUCAAAAAAGUUGUGGAUACCAUAUAAAGAGUACUAUCUAAGAUACUUGUCUUAAUCCUUGCUUGAAGGUAGGAGAAGAAAAUUUCAGUUGAUAUCUGGAUUUAAAGGUCAUAGUCUGUGAUGAGUACCUGUCUCUUGUUAGCUCACCUGAGCUAAAAGCUCAAGUGAGCUUUUCUGAUCACCCGUAGUCCGGCGUCUGUAAACUUUUAACAUUUUUGACUUCUUCUCAAAAACCACUGGGCCAAUUUCAACCAAAGUUGGCACAAAGCAUCCUUAGGUAAAGGGAAUUCUAAAUUGUAAAAAUAAAGGGCCAGGCCACCUUCCAAGGGGAGAUAAUUAAGAAAAGGUAAAAAUAGAGUAGGGUCAUUCUGACAUAAUGCAGAUUCAAGUUUGUUAAAAUCCUGGCCCCCGGGGGUUGGAUGGGGCCACAAUAGGGGAUCAAAGUUUUACAUACAAAUAUAUAGGGACAAUCUUUAAAAAUCUUCUUCUCAAGAAACAAUGAGCCAGAAAAGCUGAUAUUUACAUGAAAGCUUUCUGACAUAGUGCAGAUUCAAGUUUGUUCAAAUCAUGGCCCCUGGAGGAAGGCUGGGGCCACAAGGAGGGAUCAAAGUUUUAGAUACAAAUAUAUAGGAAAAAUCUUUAAAAAUCUUCUCAAGAACCAUUGGGCCAAAGAAGUUCCCAUUUACAUGACAGCUUUCCGACAUAGUGUAGAUUCAAGUUUGCAAAAACCAUGGCCUCCAGGGGUAGGUUGGGGCCAUAAUAGGGACUACGGUUUUACAUGCAAAUAUAUAUGGAAAGUCUUCUGAUAUGGACCAAGGUGACUCAGGUGAGCGAUGUGGCCCAUGGGCCUCUUGUUUUCUAUAGUUAGCUGUGAAGGAGAAAAAAGAUCCUCGUUAAUUUCUAGGUGUAUCUUACGAUAGACAGUGGAUUAUUGCGGCAUUUUUUAUCCGUAACACUUUGACUGGGUCAUGACUUUUACAUGUCUGAGGAAUAGUCACACUUUGUCGAAAUGUAUCUUAUGGGAAGAAGAUGUGCCGUGACUUUAAUCCAAGGUCAAGGUGAACUAUUGAUGAAAUUUAAAGCAUCGAUAUAUUGCACAGGCAUAUUUUGCAGCACUGGUGUUGCUUGUUUGCAUAGUGUACUUAGCACUUUCAUCAUAUUUUUCAGAUCGAACCUCAACAAAAUUUAAUAACCUCCUGACCUACCAGUUUAAAUUUAAUCACCUCCUACCAGUUUAAAUUUGGGAGAGUGAAAUCUGAUAUGCAUAGUUUUAUGUAAUGUUAUUAUCAGCAUUAAAAUAGGCCAUAUUUAAUUUAAUUUAUAUGUACAAGUGAUAGGUUUGGCAUUUUGUUAUUAAUUUAAUAAGUUAUAAUAGAUGUGAUGUUUAUGACAUUUUGUUUUACGUCAAUUCUUUUACACACACUUCUUUGAUAAUUGUGCAUUAAACAUUGAUUGUUUGCAUUUUAGCUGUAAUAUAAUAAAAAGUUACCAAACAAAAUAUUAAAAGUUUAUGAAUAUGUGAA